GUCGGAAGCCGGUCCCAUGGUCCCCCGGUUCCGGCGCUGUGAAGGCCCCGGAGCUGAAGCGGUCGCCAGCACCAUGUCCCGGUUGUCUGACCCUCGUGUUCCCCGCGGCCCCGGCCCGCGGGCAUUGCUGCUCUUGCUCCUGCUGUGUCCCUGCUCGGUCUUCACCAUCUCCUUUCAUCUGCCCGUCAACUCCCGCAAGUGCCUUCGUGAGGAGAUCCACAAGGACCUACUAGUGACGGGCGAAUAUGAGAUCACCGACCAGUCUGGGGGCGCCGGUGGCCUGCGGACCCACCUGAAGAUUACAGAUUCAGCUGGCCACAUCCUAUAUUCCAAGGAGGAUGCAACCAAAGGAAAAUUUGCCUUCACCACUGAGGAUUAUGAUAUGUUUGAGGCAUGUUUUGAGAGCAAGGGAACAGGGCGGACACCUGACCAGCUCGUGAUCCUGGACAUGAAGCAUGGGGUGGAAGCGAAAAAUUACGAGGAGAUUGCAAAAGUGGAGAAGUUAAAACCCUUAGAAGUUGAACUUCGACGCCUGGAGGAUCUUUCAGAAUCUAUUGUUAAUGAUUUUGCCUACAUGAAGAAGCGAGAAGAAGAGAUGCGAGACACUAAUGAGUCAACAAAUACCCGGGUCUUGUACUUCAGCAUCUUUUCCAUGUUUUGCCUUAUUGGAUUGGCCACCUGGCAAGUUUUCUAUCUUCGACGUUUUUUCAAGGCCAAGAAGCUGAUUGAAUAAUGAGGCAAUCCUUUCCCACCCUAGUCUUGCAGCCAGGAGGACACCACUGGGACAUACCUGGCCUGAGCCACACCACAGACAGCACAUUCUAUCUGCUGACCCUGGAGUUUUCUUGUCAGAACUGGCCUCAUUUGGGGUGGGGGGAAUGGGGAAAACCACCUAGACUCCAAUAAGGUCAAUAAGGGAGACUCUUUUUAACUUGCUGGGUAUGGGGGGUUGGGCUGAUUUUGCAACAAUGGAACUAUCAUUAAGGUCACCUAUGAUUAAAAAAUAGGUUUCUCAGAUGCUGAAGCCAGCAUUGCCACUGGGUUUCCUCAGAAUGAUCUGUUUGAACCAUAUGACUUCUUUCCUUUUCCCACCCACCCAUUGGCUUGGACUUCCCAUUCUAGUUCUGUCACCAAGGUUUGUAUGACCAUAUUGACCUUACCACAGAAUGACUUGCUGUGUUCUGAUUGUUCUGUUUGUUUUUCUUCUUUGAGGUUACUUUAGCAGUAUGAGCAUUAUAUUUUAGUUGCAGUUGAAUGUGAUUGGGUGCCUUCAAGUGAUAUAAAAAUCUAAGAAUUGAAGGAAAGAUGAAGGAUAAGAUUCCUGAGGUGGCUCAAACUUGGAGCUGUAGUUCCAUAAAAAAUUCAGAGCUGGAUAUAGAACCAAGCUUUGUGCACUCAAGCUCUUAGAUUUCUUAAUGUAACCUACAAAAGUAAAAUUGAAUAACUUUUCUUACCUUAGCUAUUUACUUCCCAUAUUUUUAUGCUGUGUUUAGAAAAUUGGUUCAGUGAGGUGUAAAAUUGUACAACUGGGAGCAUCAUGAAUAAAGUAGGUCCCGAAAAUACAUGGAGUGAAUGCAGGGCCAAGAAUCAGUGUGGGAUUGAAGACUAAGUAGAGGCCAUUGUUAGGUGUGUGUAUCUAUGUACAAAUAAGGAAGGAUGCAAUGACCAUGUUCUUAGAGUUAUGAAAAAUAGAUAUUGUUUUCAUUUUGAAAUAGGAAUUCUCAGUUGAUCCAAAGUUUAGAGGCAUAUGCCCUUUAUGUAGUCGCUCCCAGAGACUUCAUAAUUUGUCCAAAGUAAUAUAUUUACCAACCAUUUUUAAAUAAUUGGGAAUUUUGAAAAUUUGUAACUCCUUUGUAGGCUUAUUUUGUCUCAGCAAAUCAAUUUCUAAUUAAGAUUUCUUAAGCAGUAACUGGAAGAACUGUCCUCAGCCAUGUGAUUGAUUCUCUUUAUUGAAUAUGGGGAGUAGCAUAUAUGAAAGAAUAGAGAAAGAAGCCUGAAGUAAUAGGAAGGAGAUUUACUUAAAAGAACAGGGAAAUUGAACAAUGUUUCAACUGGAUAAAGUAAUUUGAGGCUGUUUUAAUUCCCUUUUUCUCAUUUUGAGAACUAGUGCAGCAUUGCCAUUUGUUGGCACAAGCUAUGAAUUUCUGCUCCUGAGAAUCUAGCAGUGAUACCACUUUCAGUAUAGUAAAAAUCCAUCGUAAAAGUAGUCAUUGACCAUCUACAUUAUUACACAUGGGACUUUCUAGGGAUGAAUGUCAGUGAUCGGUGGAAGAGGGGAAAAAAAAUUGUGUGUCUGAGGCAACUUCCACAGAAGUUUCAAGGUGAAAUGCCCCAUGUGCCAUCAGGGCUCCCUACCAAAGCAAAAUAAGUUACAAGCUACUUACUACCAUUCUCUGAUUGCAACAAACCUUUCCUUGACUUAACCAUGGUAGUCACUAAGGUAAUUAUGAUAUCAUUCCACAAAAUGUUUUUCUGUGAAUCUGUAAUCCAGUUAGAAAGGAGAAAUCUUCAUUUUAUUAACUCUUCGUGUUCCCAAUUACUUUAGAACCGUCAACUUGUUUGUGCAAUUUGAAAUUGUUUCAUGUUUGUUCCCUUUUUUAAAACAUGCUGGAACUUUCUCCAGAUCCCUCUGCUUUUAUUCUAAAGCUAAUUAAUACUCUACUUUGCUUGCUUUUAUCUAAAAAGAAUUAGUUUGCUUUGAAAGACUGGUGCUAGACUAAGUCUGUUUAGAAAAUAAGAGCAUAUUGAGUUCUCUGCUUUCUCUUUAGUGAGUAUAUUAUUCAAAAUGACCUCUAUAAUGUAAAUGAGAUGGUGAGGUUUACAAUAAGCUCUACUUAUACCAUGGUCAUAAAUUAAAUGCAAUUCUUGUCAUAAAGCUGUUUUCACACAACUUAUUUUAUAGGAAAGAAGCAUGUGGGAUUUGUACAGAUUUACCUGUAAGUAUUGGAUUGGGUAUUUUUGUGUAAAUUUUCUGAAAUAAAAUUUAGGGGAAACCA